UAGAGCUGUGUGACGUCAUAGACCUGCUUCUCAACAGCAAAAUGUCGUGAUUAUCCCCCCGUUUGAGCUGAGUUGAAGGCCCUUCCUCGAGAGUUAAGUGUGUGGCUGGGCUGGAGGUGGCUCAGAGGAGGCAAGAGGCGAGAAAGGAAGGCCAGAAGAGCCGUUUCCUUCGGCGUGUGUGUGUGGAGGCAGUUGGCAACACGAGCCUGCAGGAGGAUCACCUGUCCACACGACUCCUCAGCGGGCUAAUUCCUCCUCAUUCGCCCUCAGAAACAUGUGAAAUGAGCACCGAGGACCAGCGAGGCCUCGGGUGGUGAGAGAGAGCACAGGAGUUCCCCGGGGAAAGAGUGUGGCUGGGCAGGAGAGUGGGUUCAGUGUGGGGGCCGAGGGACAAGGCUUGGUUCCCGUACCAUGUUGAGCUCUAAAUACAAGGUUUUUGGAUCUUCUGAAAUAGACUGAAGGCUAGCGAAGGAACGGAAAUAAGAUGUUUUCUGCCACAAGUACAGACUCGCAGUUUUACAAUUUCGAGAGCGAGGAGAAUGCCCAGAAAUGGAGGCAUUUGUUUCUGGGUCCACUGAAGAGGGUGCUGGAGCAGGUGCAUCCCUCCCUAGCGGCCAAAGAUGAUGCACUUGAAUAUGUGGAGAGCCUCAUCUUACGCCUGCUGGCCAUGUUGUGUGCUCGCCCAGCCCCUCACACCGUCCAGGAUGUGGAGGAAAGGGUACAGAGAACGUUUCCCAACCCGAUUGACCGCUGGGCAAUUGGAGAUGCUCAAGCAGCCAUUGAAAAGGGUCGUAAGAAGUCACCAUUGGUGUUACCAGCAGAGAAGGCACAUCCACUUUUACGGGAUGUGCUUCAAACAAAGAUUGACUAUCAAGUAACAUUGUAUAUAGUUGCAGUUUUAGAAUAUAUAUCUGCUGACAUAUUAAAGCUUGCUGGCAACUAUGUUAAGAACAUUAGACACAUUGAGGUAACGCAACAGGACAUUAGAGUAGCCAUGUGUGCAGACAAGGUGCUGAUGGACAUGUUUCAACAAGAUGAGGAUGGGGAGAUGAGUGCAGUUGUAGAGGAUCCUAACCUAGACACUUCUCUAACUUAUGAUGAACUUGUCAAAGAUCUAAUACAAGAGGAGAAAGCAUAUAUUAGAGAACUCAAUAUGAUAAUUAAGGUGUUUUGUGACAAGCUUCAGCAGAUCCCUGUUUUACAAGGGAGUGGUAGUAGAGAGCUGGAAAUUAUCUUCUCAAAUAUCACUGAGAUUUAUGACUUCUCUGUAAACUUACUGGGGUCUUUAGAGGACACCCUGGAGGUCACGGAGGAGAAUGAGUCUCCCUUCAUAGGCAGCUGUUUUGAGGAAUUGGCAGAGGGUGCAGAGUUUGAUGUAUACGGAAAAUAUGCCAGCGAUGUGUUAAGGCAAGAGUGUGCAGAUCAGCUAAUGGACGUGGUUAACCAGCCAGCUGUUAGUGAUGCGCUGACAAGUGCUGGACAGGGCUUCAAGGAAGCUGUCAAGUACUACCUGCCAAAGCUGCUUCUUGUACCUGUUUGUCAUGUCUUCACUUAUUUUAAAUAUAUAGAGAUGUUUCUGAGUAUGACUGAGUCAGAAGAAGCUCGAGAGAGCUUAGAACAAGUCAAAGGUCUCUUAUGGCCUCUCCAAAGUCAGUUAGAACGCACCAUACAGAACUCUCCAUAUGCUCCCUACCUUAAGAGAAAAUUAGGAGAAAUCACUUUACGGCAUGGAAGGCAGAGUAGACAACAAACCUUAUCUAAAAUGAAAGAAUUACAACGAUCAAUAGAUGGCUGGGAAGGAAAAGUCAUCACACAAUGUUGCAACGAGUUUGUUUUAGAGGGUGACCUGCUAAAACUUGGUGCCACUGGGAAGAAGCCGACGGAGCGGCAUGUGUUCCUGUUUGAUGGCCUCAUAGUCCUCUGCAAGAGCAAUAACCGGCGGUCCUCGGUCACAGGACAGGUUGGAGAGUACAGAUUUAAGGAGAAAUUUCUUAUGAGAAUGGUAGAAAUUUUAGACAGAGAAGAUACUGAAGAGAUCAAAUACUCCUUUGAGAUCCGGCCACGUGACCAGCCCAGUGUGGUGCUACUUGCAAAGUCUAUGGAAGAGAAGAACAAUUGGAUGGCUGCCCUUGUUAUGCUCAACACUCGGAGUAUGUUAGAACGAACCCUAGACAGUAUAUUAUUAGAUGAGGAGAAACAGCAUCCCCUCAAGUUGCCUGACCCAAUUGUCUACCAGUUUGCCAUUGAGGACUCCGAGUCAAACAUUAUCAUCGAAGAGAAGGAAAACUCAGGAACUCCUCUUAUAAAGGGAGCAACGCUGCCAAAGCUGGUUGAAAGAUUAACAUACCACAUGUAUGCAGAUCCAAUGUUUGUGAGAACGUUUCUCACCACUUACCGAAGCUUUUGUACUCCAACAGAAUUGCUAGACCUAUUAAUUCAACGCUUUGACAUCCCUGAGCCUGAACUCCCGCCUAUAAGUGAAGAGGAGACGCAGGAAGUCAAAAACCAGCAACUUUCCAUACACAGAGAAAUUCUUAAACGCUUCAGAAAGGAGUAUUCGCAACCUGUUCAAUUCAGAGUUUUAAAUGUUUUGCGUCAUUGGGUAGAUUAUCACUUUUAUGAUUUUGAACGGGACAAAGCACUUCUAGAAAAACUUACCAGCUUUCUGGAGAAAGUGAAAGGCAAAUCCAUGAGAAAAUGGGUAGAAUCCAUCACAAAGAUCAUUCAGAGAAGGUGCAAUGAAGAGCAGAGAGAAAUUACAUUUAGUUUACAUCGCUCACCCCCAUCUCCCAAGUGGCACAUAAAACUAGAGGACAAAGAUUGGGACCUUAUACUUCCCAUCAGUGCAGGUGGAACAUCGCCUACGCCUGACCUGGUAAAACCAUUGCUGAUGCUGCACCCCAUAGAAAUAGCUCGUCAGCUGACAUUGUUAGAAUUUAAACUGUACAGAGCUGUGAAGCCUUCAGAACUGGUAGGGACACCAUGGACCAAAGAAGACAAAGAGAAACGCUCACCAAACUUGCUCAAAAUGAUCCACCAUCACACCAAUGUAACACACUGGUUCAUGCGGUGCAUAGUGGACUGUGACAAUUUUGAGGAGCGUGUGGCUGUGAUGAUGAGGGUAGUGGAGAUCAUGGUUAUGUUUCAUGAUCUCAACAAUUUUAAUGGGGUAUUUGAAGUGUCCAGUGCGUUAGCGUCUGCUGCUGUACACAGGCUAGAGCUUACCAAAAUGGAGGUUAGGAAACGUCUUCCACCAGGGCAGCUGAAAGUGUUUGAAGAAGCUUCUGAACUUAGCCAAAACCAUUGUAAAAAAUACCAGGAAAAACUUCGGUCCAUUAAUCCACCAUGUGUCCCAUUUUUCGGUAUGUACCUGACCAACAUCUUGCACAUUGAAGAAGGCAACCCAGACUUCCUUGUCCGGGCAGCAGAGGGUCUAAUCAAUUUUUCAAAGAGACGAAAAGUUGCAGAAAUCACAGGAGAAAUUCAGCAGUACCAGAACCAACCUUACUGCCUGCUGGAAGAACCACGCAUCAAACGCUUCCUGGAGACGCUACAGCCCUUCGAGGGAGAGCGCGAACUCGAGAUCUCUAACUACCUCUACAACAGAUCCAAGGAGAUUGAACCCAAGAACUGCAAGAGGCCGCCCAACAGGGUGAGAGCUGGAGUUCUAUUUUUAGCCCUCGUCUACACCUGCUUGCUUCACGUGUCGCCCGUGCCUGGUGGUGGUGGUGGCGCGCCCCCCACGCCAUCGACACCAUGUACUCCUCCACCACACACGGUCGCCGACAAUUCCAUCUUUGCGCCGGUGGAGAUUGGCCCUGGAAAUGCAAUAGGAGGCAGCUCCUUAGAACAUCGCAGUGGGAAUCACAGUGGGUACCCAGGAGGUGCAGGGCUGCCCCCCAGCAGACACCCUCUGCCACCAUCAAAUCCACAUCCCCCACCACCGCCAGCAUCACCUCAAGCACUACCUCCACCAUUGCCGCCUCGAGUGCGAAAGAGAGAACCAUCUGUUGGAGAUACUUCUCCAAAGGUGAAACAGGCCCAAGAUGCCCCAGAGUUGCCUCCAAGAGACGUCUCCCCGCCCCCCAUCCCCCCACGCACGGCCACCCUGCCCCGCAUGACUUCCUCAGGGGGCCUUCAGCAUGGCCCCACGCACCAUCACCAUGCUCCAUCGGGACAUUCCCUCUGUAAUGUCAACCUCCAUCAUCAUCCAUCACAUCAUCAUCAUGGCCACCAUCACCGGCCCAGUCCACCUUCCCUGCUUGCCCCACCACCCCCUGUCCAGCAGUACCACCUAGACCCCCCUCCUCACAGGCGCAACAACUCAGUGGACCUUUCGUCGCCUACGCCUAUGGCAAGGAGACAUACAAAUGGACCUCAAGCAGCAUUACCAGGAAGCAGCAUGAAUGACACUGCAGCUGAACCCAAUGAGCACCCGCCCACGCCACCACCCAGGCUCGCCUACCGUCACACAUUCUCCUUCUCGUAUGACCAGCACCACUCCUAGAGGAAAGCAAAUCAUCCCAUUUUUGAGUGGGUGCAAGACCUGGCCACAUAGGAGCCCUUAUCACAUAUAAACCCAAGAUUUGUUGUGGCUUCUGACUCUUGCUUUUUUUUUUUUUUUAUUCUUUCUUUCUUUUUUUAAUUUUUUUUUUUUUUUACUUUUUUUUAAAACAUAUUUUUCCACAUCUGCCAAAAAUAUUUUAUUUUUUAUAAUUUUUUUUUUUUUUGCUGAACCCAUAUUUCAGACAUACAUAUUUUUGUUUGUUUAUUUGUUUGCAUAUUAAAGAGAAAAAUUAGGGAAGAUUAAACAGAAAUAUUGUAACACUGCCAAAGACAGUUUUGCUACUUUCGAGCUCUGUGACAGUGCCCAGUGUUAGAACAACUGCAAGGCAUAUUUGCUUAGUUCAUUUGGUAUCUGUAGUUUAUUGGGAGACGAGCAUGGAAAUGUGAGUGACAAUCUAGGGUAAUAGAGCAAUUAAUUCUCUGCCAAGAGAGUGUUAUCUGGCUGUGAAAAUGAAAACUUGUAUGUUGAUGCUGUAUUAGAAUUUUCUUCACAAAAUUUAGCAAGAAGUGACUUUUUCUUUUAUUUUUUAGCAUAGAGGGAUUACGAUUACUAAGAGACUUUUCAACAACAUUUCAGGAGAGAAUUUUGAAGAUAGGUAAGGGUGUUGUCUUUGAUCAAAAGCCAACAAGUAUGAAAUAUAUUUUGUGUCAAGAAAAAAAAAAAAAGUAGUAUCCAAAUUUCAUAAAAGUAAUUUUCUACAACUCGUGAAAGAUGUUUCUAAGCCUUUAAGUCACUAGAUCUUCCUUGGGUAGAUGAACUUUGGCAGUUAUUUUACUUCUUUCCACUAGUGGUUGUAGAAAAUGCAGUGAAACACUUUACAUUCACAGGAUUUUCAACAAGCUAUUUUGUAUGGAAGAAGCAUAAACUCAUUUGACAUGAUGAACAGUUAUUGCUUAUUUUGUAGAGAUUUAGAUACAUAGAGUUUCCUUUUAAAAUGGUGAAAAAACAAAUCCAAGGGUUAUUUACAAAGAGAACAUCAAACAGUACUUAAAAAAGAGCAUUUAGCUGUUGAGGUUUGUUUCUGUAAAAAAAAAAAAAAGAAAAAAAGAAAAAAAAAGUUUUGCUUUCUUGGUAGGACAAAAAAGACGAUACAACUUAUAGGUAAUUUAUCCACCUCUAUAAAUUUGAUAAUUGUAUGAGCAUUAUGUCAUAGACUAUAUAGUUACUAAUCACUAUAAAUAAUUUAAUAUAUUGAAGUAUUUCCAAGAGAGGUGAUAUAUAAGGAACCUGAUCUCUAUAUGAUGUUCGUUUAGAUUUUCAACACAGUUAAUCCAUGUUUAAGUUUGUAUGACACUUCAUUGAUGAUAAUAGUUUUGCAGUGAAUUUCGUCUAUAUUUUGCUACUAAUAAUACACUGAACUUUGGUGGGUAACAAAGUGUACAGUUUUCCACUAGAGGAAUUUUUGUUGCUCUAGGUUUUUAGCAUUUCUUAUUACCCCCCAAAUAAGUUAUGUCAUGGAUCUUGAAUAGUUUUUAUAGAAAAGUCAUGUUUUGUAGUUCAUAUUCAAUAUAUUUGACCUUUAGCUUAACUUGAGGAAUGUUCAAAAUAUGUAGAUUUGAAGAUUAAAAAAAAAACAAAAAACAAAAAAAAAUAAUAGUAAGCCAAACUCAGUACCUAUACUUCAACAAAUUCUCCAUUUGAACAAAGAUGUAUUAUGAUUAGAAAAGAAAAUUGAGUCAUUCUAAAUUUUUAGAGUAUGUAGUUGUUGCUACGCUCAGUUUACAGUAGGCUCGUGUACAAUUUACAGUUUACAUUAAAUGGUAGGUUAAGUUUGAUGCAGUUGCUCAAAAUAAAUAAUAAUCAUCUUUAGCUGACAUUAAAAUUUAGGUAUAGUACAGCUAUUGAUUAUAUGAUAACUUCAAAAUGAAGAAAGUUUAGGUUUUCUUUAGUAUCUUGAUAACAGGUUCUUAUUUGUCUAAUUAGUCAAAGCAUUUCCUCCCAAUAAUGGUUCACUGUUUUUUUUUUUGUUUUUUUUUCUCUCUCUCUCUCUCUCUCUCUUUCUCUUCUGAUAUAUAGGUUCUUUGGUCAUGGUUAUAUAAAGAGAUAAGAAAUGGUUAUACAUGAUUAUGUGCUAUCUAUAAAUUGGUUAUUACCUUUUAGGAGUUCAAUCUGAAAGUGCCUAGUGUAAUGAGCAUUCCAACGAGCCAUAACAUGUGAACUAAUUGUAUAUUAAAGUUUGUGUCCAGUUGCUGCUGUUACAGCAAAUGUCUGCCAGGCAUCGUCACAAAGUGUGCAGCUUUUUGUUUAUAUUUAUUCAGUGUAUGCUAAUUCCUUGUAUACAACUUCAGUGUUCUAUCACAGUUUCAUGCAGACUUGGGAUCAAUAAAGUGGUUCUUUACUACCCAUUACUCUAGGUGGUCUGAAGGCCUUUGUGAAGGGAGAUGCCACUCAGAACUGACCGUCACCCAGGCUUGCAUGAUAUAAUUUCCAGGAAGAUGUUCUUGAUAUAAAUUAGACUGGGUCGCGUUUCAUGAUUACAAUUCUUGCUUUUAAAGCUAUGCCUGAUUUGUGAUAAUAUAAAUAAGAGAACUAUGUUAACUCAUUAGAAUGUUGAGGUGGGGAAUAGUUAAGAAAAGCAGUGGGUGAGGAAGUAAACUAUAUAUCAUCUAGUCAGGGCAAAAUGGCAGUGUGAGGCUAGUAAGGCUGGGUCCACAAUCAGUCUUUGUGAUUUCCGGUGCUCAGCCAUCAUAAUUGUCUUCAUUCUUCAGUAACUAUCUGCUCCUAAAGUGCACACUCAGUAUUAGACAUCCCAUAAGUACUGACAAGUAAACACCAUGGAUCGCUGAACAGAAAACUCGGCCGAGUUUGUGGUCGGUCUAUUUUUUAUUUUUUUGGGGGGGAGUGUGGUCCCCUCAAGUUGCAGCAGUACUUGGAAAUAUUAAAGAGAAAUUGAGUAGUUUCUCAACUGAGGUAACACAGGGGCAAGAGAUUACAGCUGUGAUGUGUGUGGGGGCAGACUACCGGCACUGGGGGAUAAGAGUCUUCAUAUGCACUCACUGUAUGUAUGGGCAGUCUCUUUUUAAGAAUCAUUGUGGUAUAUCAUGUUGAAGUAGAUUCAUUCAUAUUUGAAAGGAAUUUGAGAUAUGCAAGAUACCUGCUAGCUAUCGUAGUCAUGGUUUGCCAGUACUGCACUGUACUAACCCAUGCCUUGUACUGACAGAUAUCCGAAGUAAGGCAUUCAUUCCAGGUACAGUGUGGUCUGGAACCAUUGACCCAUGGAGUGAGAUGUUUAGUAAAUAUAGUUAAUGCUGGUAAAGUCCCACAAGCACAAACCAAGCCAGAGUUGCCCCCAUGAAGGUAACAAUUCCAUGCUGUGUAAAGAUUCCUAUUGUAUCUUGUUACAAAAGACAGCGAAAUAGUUUGUAGCAAGAUUCUGUACAUAUUUAUAUAUUUGUUAACAAUAAGUCCUGUAAUAACAUCAAAUUAGUCAGACAG